GGAGUCAGUCGGUUGCGAGGUGUCAACAGCGGGAGGCUGCCGGCGUCUGUUGCGGGCCGGGGCUCGGGGCAGCAGCCAUGUAAUCUCUUAAGAACAGCACCCUCUUGCAAGUGUUCUGAAGAUCAUACUUCUUCUCAGCAUGUCCUUGAAUGAGAAUUUUUUGCUGUUGAUAACUGGAAGGGUGCUUGGAGUUUCCUAGCUCCUUUGUUUCUUCUAUCAAAAGCCCACCGUCUUCUCAAAAGCCUUUCUCUGUUACUUUAGGUGCUAUACCUUAUUUGUGUCAAAAUGCUGCGAUAUUGGGGUGAGAUUCCAGUGUCGACCAGUCAGGCCAACCGUAGCUCCUUUGAUUUGCUUCAGCGUGAGUUUCGCACCGUGGAAGUCCAAGAUCCUCCAUUACAUCAGCCCUCUGCAAACAAGCCCAGGCCACCCACCAUGCUGGACAUCCCCUCGGAGCCCUGUAGCCUCACCAUUCACACCAUUCAGCUCAUCCAGCACAACAGACGGCUGCGCAGCCUCAUUGCCAUGGCUCAGGCCCAGAACCAGCAGCAAGUGGAGGGCAUAAAGACAGACGAGAGCGAGCCUCUGCCAUCCUGUCCUGCCUCCCCACCCCUCCCUGAUGACCUGCUUCCUCUGGAUAGCAAAACCCCCAAAAUGCCAUUUCAGCUAAGGCACAGUGAUCCAGAGAGCGACUUUUAUAGAGGGAAAGGGGAACCAGUAACUGAGCUGAGUUGGACCUCCUGCCGGCAGCUUCUCUACCAGUCCAUGGCCACCAUCCUGGCCCACGCGGGGUUCGAGUGUGCCAGUGAGAGCGUCCUGGAGACCCUGACAGACAUUGCUCAUGAGUACUGCUUGAAGUUCACCAAGCUCCUGCGCUUCACUGUGGAUCGAGAAGCUCGGCUUGGGCAGACGCCUUUCCCAGACGUAAUGGAACAGGUGUUCCACGAAGUGGGCAUUGGCAGCGUGCUCUCUCUGCAAAAGUUCUGGCAGCACCGCAUUAAGGAUUAUCACAGCUACAUGCUUCAGGUUAGCAAGCAGCUCUCCGAAGAGUACGAGAAGAUUGUCAACCCUGAAAAGGCAGCAGAAGACACAAAACCUGUGAAGAUUAAGGAGGAGCCAGUCAGUGAUAUCACCUUUCCCAUAAGUGAGGAGCUGGAGGGAGAUCUGGCAUCUGGUGACCAGUCUUUGCCUGUGGGAGUCCUUGGAGCUCAGAGUGAGCGUUUUUCUGCCAAUCUGGAAGUAGAGGCGUCCCCACAGGCUACAGGUGCCGAGGUCAAUGCUUCCCCUCUCUGGAACUUGGCUCAGGUGAAAAUGGAGCCUCAGGAAAGUGAGGAGGGCAAUGUUCAUGGGCACGGGGUCCUAGGCAGCGAUGUCUUCGAGGAGCCCAUGUCGGGCAUGAGCGAAGCUGGGAUGCCGCAGAGCCCCAAUGGCUCUGAGAGUAGUUAUGGUUCUCAUUCUCCUGACAGCCUGAUGGGCUCCUCGCCUGUCUUCAACCAACGCUGCAAGAAGAAGAUGAAGAAGAUGUAAAAGGGAAGAGGGCUUUUUUUCUUUCGAAUCCUGCUAAUGUGUGACAGUGACUUGAAAUGAGCCAAUAGGGCCCUUGGUACCUCGGGGACUAUAAUAACCAGUGCUGGCCCUGGGUUUUGGGGAACAGUCUGUGAAAUUAUCAUGUGAGGUUCGAUCUGCAGUGCACAUCAACCCACCCAUCUUCAUUCUGCCCAUGACUCCUCUUCCCAUUGGGCUCUGCUUUGCAUCCCCAUCCAUGAGAUUGCAGGAGAAUUCAAAAUGGGACCCGUCCCCAUCCUACAAACAUGGCAGUGUCACCAGAUCUCUGGUGGGGUUGGAGUGCGGGAGAGAAAGCAGGCUAGUAGUCUUGUUGACAGUGGCUGUUUAUACUCACUGAGCCAGGGGAGUCAAGGCUGCAUCUUGACAGUGAGCUUCUCAAAGUGGAACCAGAAGCAA